CAACGGCAACAUCAUGUGUGACCUACCCCAACUAUUCCUCUCUUCUGUUUAACUGACCGCAGCCAGCGUGUACCACCUUCCCCAAUUAGCGAAAUCCAGACAAAAAAACGAUGGAACCUGAAAGAAAGAUAAAACAACAUAUGAUGCCUUGAUAGCCCUGUCCACAAUUUACGCAAAUGAAACAUUAGCCCAGCACGCCGCGAAAAAAACCCCGAUAUAUGAUCACUGAUGCUCCCGAUUCACAUUUUACGGCAAAUGAAACCUGGUUCCUGCAGGCUAUAUAUACAUGGAGCAGUGAAGGUAGCUACCAAAUUUAGCGGAAGUGAGCUACUUGCCUGGCCAUCCGUACCUGUUUUGGUUCACCAAUGCGCACCAAACCUGCCCAUGCGACUCUUUCCCCCCAUCUAACCACUCCUUGAGUCCUCGACGGCAGCCUUGGCCGCUCUUCAUUUACCCUCCUCACCUCACGCUCCUCGUCUACCUCCUCUUCGCUCGUCUCUGUCCUAAGAUAGGAGUCAGCAAAAGCUCUCGUGUUCCUUCUCUUCCGAAAGUUACAGGCAGGAGAGAGAGAAAUGAAGAUAAGUAGAGUUUUUUUUACUCGCCUUUGCGCUCGCAUUUCGCCGCAUUGUUCCUCCCUUGCCCCUCCGUCCCAUUGUUGCUAGGACAGCAAACAAAAUCUGCAGUUAUUCCUUAGGGAUUGCCUAGAGAAGGUUCCAGCGGUUGAGGGUUCCUUUUCACACGGUCACACCAUCAUAGAUUGCUUCUCCCAGAUCAGUUUCCGCAGAGAAGGGUACCAACUCCGUCGCCUUGCAAAGAUGGCCCAAGCUCUGCGGCCCCUCCUUGUGUUGCUGGCAAUUGGAUCCUGCAUAGCUGCUGAUCACAUCGACUUGUGGCCGAUGCCAAAGUCGGUGACCCAUGGAGCACAGAGGCUCUACGUCAGCAAAGAUGCCACAAUGUCCAUGGUGGGAAGCACGUAUUCUGAUGAGAAGGCAAUCUUGAAGGACGCCUUCCAGAGAAUGCUUGAUUUAAUGAAACUGAACCACAAUGCAGACGAUACAAACCGAAGUUCUUUUGUGCUCACUGGUGUUAAUAUGGUUGUUCAUUCACCAGAGGAUGAGCUAAGCUUCGGGGUAGAUGAGUCAUACAACUUAACUGUUCCUACAAUUGGAGAUCCAUUGCAUGCACAGGUUGAGGCUCAAACAGUUUAUGGAGCACUUCAUGCCUUACAGACCUUUGGUCAACUGUGUUAUUUUGAUUUCACGUCAAGGCUUAUUGAACUCAACUCAGCUCCGUGGAUGAUUACUGAUGCACCAAGAUUUCCUUACCGGGGCCUUCUUAUUGAUACCUCAAGGCAUUAUCUUCCUCUUACGACAAUUAAAGGAGUGAUUGAUGCAAUGACAUACAGUAAAUUGAACGUUCUCCAUUGGCAUAUCAUAGACGAGCAGUCAUUUCCUAUUGAAAUACCUUCAUACCCAAAACUGUGGAAUGGUUCAUAUUCUUAUUCGGAGAGAUACACAAUGUCUGAUGCAGUCGACAUUGUAAGAUAUGCUGAAAAGCGAGGUGUAAAUGUGUUGGCUGAGAUUGACGUUCCUGGCCAUGCUCUAUCAUGGGGUGUUGGUUACCCAUCAUUGUGGCCAUCAGAUAGCUGCAAAGAAGCACUUGAUGUCAGUAACAACUUUACCUUCGAAGUUAUUGAUGGUAUUCUUUCAGAUUUUAGCAAGGUGUUUAAGUUCAAGUUUGUCCACUUAGGAGGUGAUGAAGUCAACACAAGCUGCUGGACCAAAACACCCCACAUUAAGGAAUGGUUGAAUAAUAACCACAUGAAUGCAUCAGAUGCAUACAGAUAUUUCGUAUUAAGAUCCCAAAAGAUAGCGAUAGCACAUGGUUACGACGUCAUUAACUGGGAAGAAACGUUUAACGACUUCGGAGAAAAAUUGGACCGUAAAACCAUUGUGCAUAACUGGCUUGGAGGGAAGGUAGCACCAAAAGUGGUUGCUGCAGGGCUGAGAUGCAUAGUAAGCAACCAGGAUAAGUGGUACCUAGAUCACUUGGAUGCCACAUGGGAAGGAUUUUACAUGAAUGAACCCCUCAAAGGUAUCGACAACCCAGAACAGCAGCGCUUGGUUAUUGGUGGUGAGGUUUGCAUGUGGGGAGAGCAGAUUGAUGCAUCGGAUAUUGAACAAACUAUUUGGCCACGAGCUGCAGCAGCUGCAGAGAGAUUGUGGACUCCAAUUGAGAAGCUUGCAGAAGACCCAAGGUCGGCCACAUCAAGACUGUCACGCUUCAGGUGUUUGCUGAAUCAGAGAGGUGUAGCUGCUGCACCACUAGCUGGCGAUGGUCGUACAGCACCAUACGAACCUGGCCCCUGUGUAAGGCAAUAGGAUACUUAUAACAAAAUGGAGUAGUGUUCAGAUCAUAUACAUCUUUUCAAGAAUCAUUUUUACCCAGUGUAAGUUCAGCAUUAUAAAUUUCCAGUAGUUAUAUGGUUGUCUAGACUAUAAAUUUCAGUGAGUCCUUCCUCUUCUCUCUGUA